GCGCACUUCCGGUCAGAGCCGCUCCGGAAACAUACAACUCCAAAUAAACUCUCAGACAAACUCUGAGCUAAAGGGCGCAGAAAAACAAGUAUUUUAUCAACAAAAACGUCUCUCUUCUCCACACAUCCUCCUCGGUGGCAGCAUACACUGCGCUUUGACGCAGAAGUCCGCCUCUUUUUGGUGUAAACCCGAAGUAAACCCGGAGGACACCCGGAGUCUAGACGCACCUCCGCGGAGCCGGAGCGUUUACCGGAGCUUUGAUCGCGUGAGGAGAGUUUAAAGCGAGUCUGGAGCUCAGAGAUCCUCGGCACUAAACCAGGACCAAGAACCAGGUUUAAACCCGGUCUAAACACCAGGACUAAACCAGGACAAAGAUCCAGAUCUAAACCAGGACUAAACCGGGACUAAACCACGUCUUAACGAGUUGUAAACCGGGAUUAAAUCUGGUCUGAAGCGGGUGUAUGAGGAGAAAUGUGCGGGGUCCCGGUGCAGCUGAGAGAGGCAGUGAAGCAGCGUCUGGCUGCGGCUGCGGAGGAGAUCUUUGAGCUUUUGGAGAAAACCAUCGCAGAAUAUGAAGAAGAGACCGAGAGACAGAGACAGAGUCUCCUGGAGCAGCUACUCCACAUACGGGGACAAGGACUUAAAAUAGACUGUGACUUGCCUGUGGAAGCAGCAGAGAGAGAACCCCCCCACCCACGAGCCCCUCCACUCCUCAAACAGCACUCUGAGGUCCCCCACCUCCUCAAUGAGCACUCAAAGGAGCCCCACCCACUAAAAGAGGAGCAGGAGGCACGAGACGUCACGGAUCGACUCUGUGGAGAGGUGAAGACGGAGGGGCAGCUCUCAGAGUUUGAGGCAAGUGGAGUUUUUCUGCAGAGUGACCAGCAGGCAUCGCUCUCACACGGAGCUUGGACAGAGGACACUAUGGGCCUGGGCCCUGAGCCUUUGGACUGUGCUGCUCCUGUGUCUCCAACAGGGGGCGUGUCUCUAGCGGGGGGCGUGUCUCUAGCAGGGGGCGUGUCUCUCGCAGUGGCCGUGUAUCCAGCAGUGGGCGUCUCUCCAGCAGAGGGUGUGUCUCCAGCGGGAGGCUUGUCUCCAGCGGGAGGCGUGUCUCCAGUGGCAGGCAAUAGAGGACGUACGCGGCGUGUUCGGGAGUGUCCUCUGUGCGGGCUGCGUUUCCAGUCGACCUUUAACCUGGAGACUCACCUGCGCGUGCACACAGGCGAGCGACCUUUCACCUGUCCAGUUUGCGGUAAAACCUUUAACCGAAAAGACAGUUUAAACAACCACCGCAAGAUCCACGAGGGCGAGACGUUCUGCUGCGGCGUCUGCGGCAAACACUACAGCGACAAGUCCAACCUGCGCCGACACGCCAUAGCUGCGCACGGCAACACGCACGCCCCCGCAGAGCCAUGCCGGACUGUCCACUCGAGGCGCUAGAGAGACUGGCCGAGGCUUUAAACUCUGACUGUAUAGGAUCUGCUGAGGAAGCAGAACUAAUAUUACAGCCCUUUGUGAAGCAGGUAUUUUCAAUUACAUCAUUACAAAUGUUCUUGUAUAUCAUCACAAAACCUUUAGGACAGAGAGCCCUGCCCUCUGUGAGAGCCCUGCCUUCUGAAGAGCCACGCCCUCUGGAGACUCACAUCCUCUGAAGAGCCAUGCCCUCACCCUGAUUGUGUCCACAUCGUUUGAUAUUUGUGUCGACAGAAAGGAUGUUAAAGUGCCUAUGACAGGUUUUCAUGAUCAUGAUUGUACUUAAUCUGGUGAGAUAAGACCUGCUGUAAAUGAUAAAUGGUAAAAGAUCGAGACGAAACAGUUUGUGAAAAAAAAGUUGAAAAACAUGUUGAAAAUUACAGAGUUCUGUAUUGGUGACGUCACACUGGAAGAAUUCUGUCCAUUCUGUCCAUUUCGGCACAAUUUACACAAGAAACACAUUUUUCUGAUACUUUAAACAUGAUUUCAGCAACAUAAAGGGGUUUUCUUAUAAUUUGAUUUAGCACAUGAUAAUUCCUGUGAUAUUAGAAGAGUUUUGACCCAGUUUAUCACAUGGUUGCUUGGUAACAGUUAUGGUAUUCCCUAGCGUGAUGUCAGGAUUUACAACCAGGAAGUAAAUUUGACACCUAAAAAUGCCGAAACCUGAAAAAAGAAUUGUAUGUUGUUGUUUUGACCUGAACAUCUCUGAUUGGUUAAUCCAUCUGUCAAUCACACCCUCUGGUAUGUGGGAGACAGGAUAUGCCACAAAGACAAUGAUCCUUUGCUCGACUGUUCUUAAAGUGUUUUAUUUUUUUUGUUUUAUCUGAACAUUUUGAAAACAAAUAUUAGGAGAAAAAGUUGAACAAUUCUGCUUUUGUUUGUGACUGAAAUCGUGUGACGUCACAGAAUAAAAAGGCUUGUUUU